AAAACUUAAUGGUGAGACAUUUAAAUAAUCAUUAUUUUAAAUUAUGGGCAUAUCCGUAAUUUUAUAUGGAUCAAUUAUUCUUGUAUUUGUUCUAAAAAUAUACGUAAUAGUGACCAAAGGACGAUGCACAAGCAAAGCAAAGCUAAAUGGAAAAACUGUUCUUGUUACCGGUGCCAAUUCAGGCAUUGGAAAAGAGACAGCGAUUGAUAUGGCAGCUAGAGGAGCAAGAGUCAUUCUUGGAUGUAGAAACUUAAAAUCAGCUGAAGAAACCAAACAAGAAAUUAUUUCAAAAACUGGAAAUACAAAUAUUGUUAUUUAUCCAAUAGAUUUUGAAUCAUUAACAUCUGUAAGAAAAUUUAGUGAAUUAGUUCAUGAAAAUGAAAGUCGAUUGGAUAUUUUAAUAAACAAUGCUGGAGCUGGUGGAUUAGGAAAUAGAAGGACGGAAGAUGGUUUAAGAAUUCUAAUGCAAGUGAAUUAUUUUGGACCAUUUUUAUUAACAAAUUUACUUUUGGAUUUACUUAAGAAAUCCGCUCCAAGUCGAAUUGUAAAUGUUUCCUCACUUUUCCACAUUCUUGCAUCAUUGGAUUCAAAUGAUUUAAAUAAAUAUGCUAGUGAUUUUAAAAAUUAUGGUAAUUCCAAAUUAUGUAACAUUUUAAUGAGUAACGAAUUAGCUCGAAAAUUAGAGGGAACUAAUGUGAUAUCAAAUAGUUUACACCCGGGCGCAGUACGGACCCCUAUUUUCAAACAUAUAAAGUGGCAAUAUAUGUUUUUUAUGUGGUUUUAUUAUUGGUGGCUAUUUAAGAACCCGGAAGAAGGAGCUCAAACCACAAUCCAUUGUGCAGUAUGUGAAAAAGUAGAUGGGGUCACUGGUAAAUAUUUUCAAGAUUGUAAAAGAUAUUGGACGUCACGAGUUGCCCAAGAUAAACAAUUGAGUGAGAAAGUUUGGAAUGAAAGUAUGAAAUUGGUGAAAUUAAAAAAAACUGAAAUUCAUUAUUAAGGUUAUAAUUAUUAAAGAGAGGCU